AUGGCGUCUGGUCAGCCAUUCACUAGUCAGUCUCCCACUUUCACCGUUCCUGCUGAGCAUCUCUUCGCCAAAAUGUGCCAGGAAGCUGUCUGGGAAGCCUUUAUUACUUUUUGGGAUCGACUUCCUGGACAUAAGGAAUAUCGUCACUGGAUGAACAUGUGUGAGGAUGGAAUCAUGAGUAUAUUUGAAAUGGGUACAAAUUUUAGUCAGUCAGUGGAACAUAGAAGCUUAAUCAUGAAGAAAAUGAGUUACACAGCGGAAACUGUAAGCAGCCCUGAAUUGUCUCCAGUUCCUGUCAAGGAUACCGCCACAUUGGGAGGUUCUACACUCAGUGUUCCAUACCUGGGGGUAACUUCCUAUGAAGGUGCCUCAGAGAGGAGCUUGGAGAGACCUGAGGAGAAUAUUAGCAAUGAGAUUGAGAAUGUGACAGAGGAACCCACCAAACCAGCAGCUGAGCAGACUGCGGAAUUCAGCAUCCACCUUUUGGGGAAACAGUACAGGACAGAACUACAAGAUCCCUUCACCUCCUAUCACCAGCAUCUUGUAGAAGAAUUCAUUUCAGAAGUUGAAAAUGCAUUCACUGGGUUACCAGGCUAUAAGAACAUCCAUGUACUUGAAUUCAGAUCCUCCAUGGAAAAUGACAGUGGUGUAGAUGUUCACUACGCAGUUACCUUCAAUGGUGAAGCCAUCAGCAACACCAGCUGGGAUCUAAUUAGCCUUCAUUCUAACAAAGUGGAAAACCAUGGUCUUGUGGAAUUGGAUGAUAAGCCCACUGCUGUUUACACAAUUAGUAACUUCAGAGACUAUAUUGCUGAGACUCUGCACCAGAACUUUUUGUUGGGCAACUCUUCCCUGAAUCUGGAUCCUGAUUCACUUCACCUUAUCAGUGUGAGAGGAGUUUUACUUCCUCAAACUUAUGACCUCGUUUGGAAUACCCAAAGAUCACAUCUUCAGUCAACCACAUCAUUUAUUCUGGAAAAUACCCUUCAAGCUGAAUGGCCCUCAGCAGACGAAUCCACUACCGGCAGUAUUACAUCUCUUGAUUUCAACUCUGGUCCUCCCUCCACUGCUGGUAGGGGGCUCUGGUCAGAAAGCCAUUUGGGUGAUAUAGUAUCUACUCCUAAAUUAGCUUUUCCCUUGAAGGUGGACCUCAGUUCUUCCUCAGAGGUUUUAGGGGUUAGCUGCUUGACUCUUCAUUCUGCCAACCCAGCAGUGCUUCAGAUUGGCUUGUCUGUGCCUUCUGAGAAAAGGACUUCUGGCUCUCAAAUUUUAUUUUUAGGAUUAACCAAUGUUGAAGGGUCAGACGAUUAUCUUUCUGUUGAUCCAUUGCCGUCAAGUCCAUUCACUCAUCAUGUGCUGAAAGGAACAAUACCAUCCAACAAAGAGUCUGAGGUCCUUUUAACAUCCUCACCAUAUCUGGCCUCUCCUGCCACAUUAGAUCUUCUUGCUAAAGAAGUAACCACACCCUCUGGCAUGGACUCUGCUUUGGCUUCUGAAGUCAAAGACCAAUUAGAAGUGACCACUUUGCUGCCAGAUACAUUUGAGAGUGGUUUAGGUUCAGGGUCUAGGCAAAAGGUAGAUCUUAUUACUUGGCCAUGGAGUGGGACUUUAUUAGAGAAGAGGACUGAACCACUAUCCAAGUCAUGGCUUGAAGAUGAAGAUUCAUUUUUGCCAAAUGAGCAUAAACAUGAAAAAGUAGUUACAGAUGACAAAAUGAAUUUAACAGAUCAAAAUUUUGAGUAUUCUUCAAAAGACAGACAAGAUGAUAGAUCCACAAACUUUAUAGACAAUGAGUCUCUUGGUGGGCCUACUGUUCCUCGUUUUGCAGAGACCACAAUCCAAUCUGCAUCUCUAAUUCUUUCCAAAUACACACCAGAGGAACUUGGCAUUGAUUAUUACUCAGUUACCAAAGCACCUCUUCUAUUGACAUCUACAGAGAUCUCUGCUUCUACUGAUAAACCAGAUCAAAUAGACUCUUUCCUAACAGAGGAUAUGGGACAGACUUCAGAGUCAUCCAGCCAUGAAUGGUUUGACAGCGAGGAUUCAACAGUGAAGCUGGACAUGCAAUCUUUGUGGACCAUAUUGCCAGAAUCAGAUGUAGUUUGGGCAAGAACUUUCUUAGGGAAAUUGGUCAAAGACAUAUUGGCAAGUACAACAGAGAGCACUGACAAGCUCUGGUUGAAAGCUUCCAUGACACAGUCUACCAAAUUGCCUCCAACCACAAGCUCCACCCAGCUGGAGGAUGAAGUAAUUAUGGGCGUACAGGAUAUUUCAUUAGAAUUGGACUGGGUAGGCACAGAUUACUAUCAGCCUGAGCUACCCCAGGAGGAAAAUGGCAAGAUUGAUAGUUAUGUGGAAAUGUCUACAAAUGUUCAUUCCACAGAAAUGGCUAUUGUGACUCCACCCACAAGAGGAGAAGACUCAAGUCAUGCAGCAGGAGCUCUGGUGGUUUUCUUCAGCCUCCGAGUGACUAACAUGAUGUUUUCAGAAGAUCUGUUUAAUAAAAAAUCUUUGGAAUAUAAAGCCCUGGAGGAAAGAUUCUUAGAGUUGCUGGUUCCCUAUCUCCAGUCAAAUCUCACAGGAUUCCAAAACUUGGAAAUCCUGAACUUCAGAAAUGGGAGCAUUGUGGUGAAUAGCCGAAUGAAGUUCGCCAAGUCUAUACCUGCAGAUGUCAACAAUGCUGUGUAUAUGAUUCUGGAAGACUUUUGCACUACUGCCUAUCAAACUAUGAAUUUGGAUAUUGAUAAAUAUUCCCUUGAUGUAGAAUCAGGUGAUCAGGCAAAUCCUUGCAAGUUUCAGGCCUGUAAUGACUUUUCGGAGUGUCUGGUGAAUUCCUGGAGUGGAGAAGCAGAGUGCAGAUGCUACCCUGGGUACCUGAGUGUGGAAGAACUGCCCUGUCAGAGUCUCUGUGACCUACAGCCUGACUUCUGCUUGAACGAUGGAAAGUGUGACAUUAUGCCUGGACAUGGGGCCAUUUGUAGAUGCCGGGUGGGCGAGAACUGGUGGUACCGGGGUGAACACUGUGAGGAGUUUGUGUCAGAACCCUUGUUGAUUGGCAUCACCAUCGCAUCUGUGGUUGGACUGCUCCUCGUCUCGUCUGCUGCCUUCCUCAUCCUCAUCAGGACUCUUAAAGCUCAAUAUGCAAGGAGAGAAAGAGAGAUGCCUUUCAGUGGUAGCCUCAGGCAGUCUGACAGCCUCUCAUCGAUAGAGAAUGCCGUGAAUGACAACCCUGUGUAUGGAGGUCAUAGAGCUGGAUAUGAACAGUUUGAAGGACUAUAUCCCCAACAUCCCAGCUCUAACUCUGCUAGCAAAGAAGUGAUGGGUGGUCUGAGUAGGGAAGAAAUCAGACAGAUGUAUGAGAGCAGUCAGCUUUCUAGAGAGCUUCUUUUUUCUUUUGAUUUUCAGGAGAGGAUGAGAAUUUUGGAAUUGUCUGCCAAUGAUCCUGAGUUUGCAGCUUUUGUGAGGGGACAUCAAAUGAUCCUCAUCACACUUGUGUUACAAAAAUGGUUAUUAGUUGAAUAUAGAGGGACUCAGCUGCAGUGUUUUGUGACCCAUCCAAAUAUUCUGAAAGAAUUAAAGCUUCCUUUGAGCUAUGGUUCAUCAAUUCAUGAUGCUUCUGCUUUAGAGAAAGAAAAAUUUGAAAAACUGGUACUUGAGCCUGAUGGGAGAGAAAAGAAAAGAAACAUUUACGACCAGGGAUUCUGGUUUAUACCGCUCCCAGGGGCUGGUAUUCUCUUCUGUGCUAUUCGAAGGUUAUCUUUUAAAGUUAUGCCUAGGUUGAGUUCUGGAUGGAUAUUCUUUCUUAAUGACAUGUUCCAGCAUGUGGCUGCUCAGUUAUGUGUCCUGAGCAUGUGCUACACAUUUUCACAAAUGCUCAAGCAAGCAAGCUUAAUUCCUUAA